GCCGCGUCGGGAGGCCUUUCCCCAAGAAGAUGGCGGACCGGGCGGAGAUGUUUUCUCUUUCCACCUUUCCCUCGCUGUCGCCGCCAGGCUGCAGGGCUCCUCAGGACAUAAGCCUGGAAGAAUUUGAUGAUGAAGAUCUGUCUGAAAUCACCGAUGACUGUGGCCUCGGCCUCAGCUACGACUCAGAUCACUGCGAGAAGGAUAGCCUCACCCUGGGGCGCUCGGAGCAGCCGCACCCCAUCUGCUCCUUCCAGGAUGACUUCCAGGAGUUUGAGAUGAUCGAUGACAAUGAGGAGGAGGAGGAGGAGGAGGAGGAGGAAGAUGAAGAAGAGGAGGAGGGAGAUGGGGAGGGUGAGGAGGGAAAUCUCCCUGGCUCAGAUGCUCCUGCCCCGGAGGCCUUGAUCCCCUCUCCCUCUGCCAGCGAGCCCCACAAGCACCGGCCCACCACGCUCCAGCUGACCGCCCUGGGAACACAGGACUCCCUGAACAACAAUGGAGGCUCCGACCCCGCCCCUCCAGCCUCCUGGCAGGAGACGCUGCUGUGCUCGCCCCCCCAGGGGCCCCUCCGAGAGCCUCCAGGCGCCCUCCCGCUCACGGAUGCGGGUCCCUACGGGCGACAGUCCCCGGCGCACCCGGGCUGCGACUGCGAAGGGAACCGGCCUGAGGACCCCGCGGCGCCAGGCGGGGCCUCGCCCUCCUCGGACCCCGGCAUCGAGGCCGACCUGGGGAGCCACUCGAGUGGGGGCCGCGGAGGCCGGCGCAGCAGCCAGGAGCUGUCGACGCCGGGCUCCGACUCGGAGGACGCGGGCGCCUCGCGCCUGGGCCGCAUGAUCUCGUCCAUCUCGGAGACGGAGCUGGAGCUGAGCAGCGACGGCGGCAGCAGCAGCAGCGGCCGCUCUUCGCACCUCACCAACUCCAUCGAGGAGGCCUCGUCGCCAGCCUCGGAGCCGGAGCCCGAACGCGAGCCCCCGUGCGAGCCCCCGCGCCGCCCCGCCUUCCUGCCCGUGGGCCCCGACGACAUCAACAGCGAGUACGAGUCCGGGUCCGAGUCGGAACCCGACCUCAGCGAGGAUGCCGAUUCGCCCUGGCUGCUCAGCAACCUGGUGAGCCGCAUGAUCUCCGAGGGCUCCUCGCCCAUCCGCUGCCCCGGCCAGUGCCUAUCGCCGCGCCUGCCCGGGGAGCCCGCGUCGCCGGCCGGUGGGGACACCGAGGCCGCCGAGGCAGUGGCACAGGUCGGUGUGGAGCUGGUGGACAUGGAGACGCUGUGCGGGCCGCCGCCGCCUGCUCCCCCUGCACCCACCCGGCCCGGCCCAGGGCAGCCCGGGCCCUGCCUCAUCCUUAGCAACCCCACGCGGGACACCAUCACGCCGCUGUGGGCUGCGGUGGGCCGUGCGGCCCGCCCGGGCCGCGCCCGCUCCGCCGCCUGUUCGGAGGAGGAAGACGAGGAGGAGGACGCCGAGGACGGCGCAGGGCCGCCCGGGGGCAGGGCUGCGGGCCCCGCAGCGCCGCGGGAUGCCUCUCUGGUAUACGAUGCGGUCAAGUACACGCUGGUGGUGGACGAGCACACGCAGCUGGAGCUGGUGAGCCUGCGGCGCUGCGCCGGCCUUGGCGAGGACAGCGAGGACAGCGGAGGUGAGGCCAGCGAGGAGGAGGCGGGGGCUGGGCUGCUGGGCAGCAGCAGAGGUGGGGACCCGGAGGACGCCUCCCCGGACAGCCCAGACCUCACUUUCUCCAAGAAGUUCCUCAACGUCUUUGUCAACAGCACAUCUCGAUCCUCCAGCACUGAGUCCUUUGGCCUUUUCUCCUGCUUGGUGAAUGGCGAAGAGCGGGAACAGACCCACCGGGCGGUCUUCAGGUUCAUCCCUCGUCAUCCGGACGAGCUGGAGCUGGACGUGGAUGACCCGGUGCUGGUGGAGGCCGAGGAGGACGACUUCUGGUUCCGUGGCUUCAACAUGAGGACAGGGGAGCGAGGAAUCUUCCCUGCCUUCUACGCACAUGCAGUGCCCGGCCCUGGCAAGGACCUGCUGGGGAGCAAGCGAAGUCCCUGCUGGGUGGACCGAUUCGAUGUGCAGUUCCUGGGCUCCGUGGAGGUGCCCUGUCACCAGGGCAACGGCAUCCUGUGUGCAGCCAUGCAGAAGAUUGCCACAGCCCGGAAGCUGACCGUCCACCUGCGCCCUCCUGCCUCCUGUGACCUUGAGAUCUCCCUUCGGGGGGUCAAGCUGAGUCUGACUGGAGGUGGACCUGAGUUUGAGCGCUGCAGCCACUUCUUCCAGAUGAAGAACAUCUCCUUCUGCGGCUGCCACCCCCGCAACAGCUGCUAUUUCGGCUUCAUCACUAAGCACCCGCUGCUGAGUCGCUUCGCCUGCCACGUGUUUGUCUCCCAGGAGUCCAUGCGGCCUGUGGCGCAGAGCGUGGGCCGCGCCUUCCUGGAGUACUACCAAGAGCACCUGGAGUACGCCUGCCCCACAGAGGACAUCUACCUGGAGUAG